CAGAAACCUUGUGUGACCAGCUACCUCACUGAUUGCAAGAAGCUUGACAAUGAAAUCUGUCAUACACACUCUCUUGGUGAACCUCGUGGGGACCCAUAAGGGGACUAAAAACCAAUCGAAUAUUACCGAGAGAAAAACCACAAUGGACUUAAAAUCACAAUGAACAUUGCAGUUGUUUCUGACAUCAGCAUUGACUUAUACUAUUAUCUUAAUAAUUAACUACAUAACAAAAAAACGGUCCUACGUUCAGGAAUAAGAGUUAUUUGACGGAGAGUAAAGGAAGCGCUUUAUGAUGCCAAUUGUCAUCAUCUGGGUUCAAGGAGUUAAAGUGCUGACUUGUGAUUUCAAAUUCUUGGCAAAUGUUUACUAGCAGCAGUGACUUGCCAGUCUCAAAUAUAUCAAACUGACCAACAGUAAAACCAGAAUUGCAUUUGAAAACCAUGUGUACAUUUAGCUACAUUUUGGCUGUUUCGUCACCAGCAGUAGUACCUGCUGAAAACUCAUAGGCCCUCAUUUAUCAAACGAACGUACGGCAGAAAAAUGGGUGUACGGUCAUUUCCACGCAAAGCUCGGCAUUUAUCAAUUUGGACGUGAGCGGAGGCUACGACCAAAUGUCACGUCAAGUCUCAGCUCGUGUACGCACGUUCGAGUCACCGUGUACUUGCGGUGCAGCAUAGUAAAUCUGUCUCACAACUUUUACAUAGAUCAUGCAGGGUGGCCUACAGAGAGUUAGUAUGUGAUCGUGACCAGUGUGAUAGUCUGCAGCGUAGUCGUGUUUAAAAAGUUUUACUGCUCAUUAUUGUAAGCGAACUCAAAAGCACCUUUACGUGGUGGUGGUAACAGACUGCCUGGGAGCUAGGCGGCGAAUAAAGCGGAGCUUGUAAUAAGCGGGAUCAUGUAGGCUACAGCGAGCCGGUUACCGAAGUUCAUUUCACAAUUAUGACCGGCUCGCUGUACAUAUGCAAAUUCGUGUCUGUUUCUGCUGUUUGUGUGUGACUGGUCUGUUUUGACUGGUUGCAUGUGAUUGGUUGUCUGUCUGUGUGGUGUCCGCGUCACGGGGAAAAAGUUUCUCCUCUUGGCCGUAUUACGCAUCUCCAUGUUGUAAACUCUAGGAGCGAGGCCUCUAAACUGAGAAUAUAUAGGGGCGUGGUAUUUAAAUGACGAUAGUUUUCUGCCACCACAUUUAUCAACGUCCGAUUAUUCUUACGCUGUAAUAGGCGAGAUACGGAAGUUUCAUGAAUCACACCUGAACCCUAGUGUAAGAUGAUAUAUUUGGUCAGAUCUGCAUGAGUUCCUACGUUCUUUUGAUAAAUGAGGGCCAUAGAGAGCACUGAGAAGACGCUCCACUCGAGUGCAAUACUUCGGUAACAUGCUUCCAGAAAACGUUGGUGAAACUAAACACGCACUUUCUGGGGUUGAGGAUUUUUAUUUUCAUGGACUGGACGCAAUUGCUGGACAAUAUGACUGGUGAAGCUACGCUUGUUGCUGAUGUUUUAGACGAAGAUGAGAUCUGUGACUCUGGCGAAGUUCUACAUGGCAAGCUGAAGGACUCCUUGACUUCACAUGAUGCCAAGCACAAGGUGUCAUCCUGUGAUUUAAAGGUCACUGCUGUGACCAUACCUACUGGAACAGACACUGUGGACACUGAAAUGGCCUCUAGCUCAAGUCCACAUCUGAUUGACCAGGUCACUGCUGUGGCCAUACCUUCUGGAACAGACACUGUGGACACUGAAAUGGCCUCCAGCUGUAGCCCGCUUCUGAUUGACCAGAUAACUGGUGAGGCUACGCUUGUUGCUGAUAUGUUGGAUGAAGAUGAGAUCUGUGACUCUGCCGCAGUUCUACAUGGCAAGCUGAAGGACCCCGUGACUUCAUGUGAAGCUAAGAACAAGGUGUCAUCCUGUGCCACUUCAUCAGGUCCCCGUGACGAAAAACGAGGGAAAAACUUGGACCAGAUCCACAUUGAUCCAGAAGAACAAAUACAGGUACAGAGUGAUAUGUCAGCUGAUGAGGAAGAAUGCGAGUCCCUCGAAACGGAAGUAACAGCAUCUCAGGACCAGACUACAGGGUGUCUUCUGCAAACAGCGGAACAGUCUCAACGCCAAGCAGAAAAGGGGAUAGAAGUGAAGCCCCCUUUUAAAGGUAAAGGAGUGCAGAAGAAAAGGAGGAGCUGGGUCAGACCGGAAGUCCGCGCUGUGGAAAAACACUUGAUGCACUUCAUCCAAACAUAUCAGGUCCCAGGAAAGGAUGCAUGCGAGGCUUGCAUCAAGGCUGAGCCACUAUCUCUUAAGGAUAGAAAUUGGCUAGCUGUUAAAUUCUACAUUAAAAACCGCAUAACGGCAUUACAGAGAAAAGAUUAAAUCCUAAGACACCAAAGUCGGUGCAUUUAUUUUGAACAUUGAACAUUUGAGAAGGUAACAAGUUCAACGUGUUGCGUGCUAUGACAUUGCAUUUAGCAAUUUUGAGUUACAUUUAACAAUUGGUCGGUUUCUAUCCUGAAGAGCUAAGUGUAACAUUGGUUUAAUGUUGGUACAUUAAAUACAUUCAUUUGAGAUCUCCAGAAACAGAGAGUGGGUAUUUGAGAAUGUACACCUAUUUUGUUUCAGUCCUGUUACAUGCACUGCUCCUUUUCAGAAAUGCUACAUGUACUAGCAUUUACAUGUUCUACAUGUGUAAUGUACCUUUGGGUUACACUUGUUAAUGUUCCUUUUUGGGGGAAAUAAAUAAAUUAUUUCCAGACA